AGGCUUGAAGCUGCCAGCCAGGUUCUGUGAUUGGCCUAGAGGUCUGGGCCAGGGCUUCCAAGGCUCGCAGAUAAGCUGGAACUCCUAAGGCUUCCACGGAGUGUUUGUUUCUCAAUUCAGAGAUAUUUGUUCUUGUCAGUUGACUUCCUGCCCAGGCCAGGGCAGAAUUGGGUGGGGUUGGGGAAGUAUUCACUAAGACAUUCACUUCAUGUCACUGGUAGUUUUCACAGCCAUUUAAUACCUUAAGUGUCAUGAUUUCCCACUUCUCUGUUCUUGUUUUCAUCCUGAUGUUCUAAAUUUGGAAACUGAUGUAUCAACUACAAAUUUAAGGUGAGAGGACUGGAUAUUUCCUAUUUGGGAACUCCAGUAUCUCCUCAGAGUUAGGCAUAUUCAUAGCGUGCUCAUCUAAUAAUUUCUAAGUCUAUACUUACAGAGUAUGGCUCAGUGGUUUUAAUGCAUGUCCCAAUGUCACUGUCAUUUUCCUUUCUCCUUUCCUUUUUUUUGUAACUUUGGAUGGUUUCUAGAGUCAUGUAUUGGCACUACUUUGCAUCAACUUCCUUCAUAGUUCUUACCCCAUAUUUUCUAUUUUUUUUUAAAGUAGUGUUUUGUUUUUCCCUUAGGCUCUGCCAUUUGUGUCUUAAGGUAUUUCAAACAUUAAGCUGAAUCUCCAUCAGAUUCUUCUGUUAUCUCAAGCCCUUGCUGACUGAUGCAUCUGCUGAUGCCUGCUGAUGGUCAAUUGUUUCCACAUGGGUCUUGUGGUUUAGUUUGAGUUCCUCUUCUGUGGAGAUGUAAUCUGUGGAUGUCCCAGGUUGCCUGAAUUGAGGGCAUGGCUCUUUAGCUGGGUUUUAUCUCUUCCUCUCUGUACCUUGAGUAUCAUUGGUCAAGAACCAACUUUUAUGCCUAUAAUCAGCAUGGAAGUUCCUAGACUGUGUGGGUAUUGUGACUUCUAAACCCUAAACCUCAGAGGGCAAACUCUGGGCAUGAUCCAGGCGGACAUCUUUAUUUUCCCCUUCCAAGUGUCCAGGCCCUGGCAUAUCGUUGCCACUUGCCGAUGUGUUUGGCUGUUCUUCAAGCCCACCAUUUCUCUUCGAGCAUCAUUCUUCAGGAGCACUAGGAGGGUCUUUGUGUACGUGAAGCCUGAGUGCUGAUUCUGUGCCCACCCACCCUCCCCAGCAAGUGCUGACCCCCUGAUCCCAGGAUUCUGAGAAACGAACCCCUCUUCACGUGGCCGCGUUUCUGGGAGAUGCAGAGAUCAUUGAACUCCUGAUUCUGUCAGGAGCUCGUGUCAAUGCCAAGGACAACAUGUGGCUGACCCCUCUGCACAGGGCUGUUGCUUCCAGAAGUGAGGAAGCAGUUCAAGUGUUGAUCAAGCACUCCGCUGAUGUCAAUGCGAGGGAUAAGAACUGGCAGACCCCUCUGCACGUGGCAGCAGCCAAUAAGGCUGUCAAGUGUGCUGAGGUGAUCAUUCCCCUGCUGAGCAGUGUCAACGUCUCCGACCGAGGAGGCCGUACAGCUCUGCACCACGCUGCGCUGAAUGGCCACGUGGAGAUGGUUAAUUUACUCUUGGCCAAAGGGGCAAAUAUCAAUGCAUUUGACAAGAAGGACCGGCGUGCUCUGCACUGGGCGGCAUAUAUGGGCCACCUGGAUGUUGUAGCAUUGCUCAUUAACCAUGGUGCAGAAGUAGCCUGCAAGGACAAGAAGGGUUAUACUCCCCUGCAUGCUGCAGCCUCCCACGGACAGAUCAAUGUGGUCAAACAUCUCCUGAAUCUAGGGGUGGAGAUUGAUGAAAUCAAUGUCUAUGGAAAUACAGCACUUCACAUCGCCUGCUACAAUGGCCAGGAUUCUGUGGUUAGUGAGCUGAUUGACUACGGUGCUAAUGUGAACCAACCGAACAACAACGGCUUCACCCCCUUGCAUUUUGCUGCCGCCUCCACCCAUGGUGCUUUGUGUCUGGAAUUGCUAGUAAACAAUGGGGCCGAUGUCAACAUUCAGAGUAAAGAUGGCAAAAGUCCACUUCACAUGACAGCUGUCCAUGGAAGGUUCACUCGAUCCCAGACCCUUAUUCAGAAUGGAGGUGAAAUUGACUGUGUGGAUAAAGAUGGCAACACUCCUCUCCAUGUGGCUGCAAGAUACGGUCAUGAGCUUUUGAUUAACACCUUAAUAACCAGUGGAGCUGACACAGCCAAGUGUGGAAUCCAUAGCAUGUUCCCUUUACAUUUAGCUGCCCUAAAUGCUCACUCUGACUGCUGCAGGAAGUUACUGUCAUCAGGCUUUGAAAUAGACACCCCUGAUAAAUUUGGAAGAACGUGCCUUCAUGCUGCUGCUGCAGGAGGUAAUGUGGAAUGUAUAAAACUCUUGCAGAGCAGUGGAGCGGAUUUCCAAAAGAAGGACAAGUGUGGAAGGACCCCUUUGCACUAUGCAGCUGCAAAUUGUCAUUACCAUUGUAUUGAAACAUUAGUGACCACAGGGGCCAACGUUAAUGAAACAGACGAUUGGGGUCGGACAGCUCUCCACUAUGCUGCAGCUUCGGACAUGGAUAGAAAAAGCAAGACCAUCUUAGGAAAUGCCCAUGAAAAUUCAGAAGAACUUGAAAGAGCCAGAGAGCUGAAGGAAAAGGAGGCCGCAUUAUGUUUAGAGUUUCUGCUUCAAAAUGAUGCAAAUCCGUCUAUCCGGGACAAGGAAGGCUACAAUAGCAUACAUUAUGCUGCUGCCUAUGGCCACAGACAGUGUCUGGAAUUGCUUUUGGAAAGAACCAACAAUAGUUUUGAGGAAUCGGAUUCCGGUGCCACCAAGAGUCCUCUCCAUUUGGCUGCCUACAACGGACACCACCAAGCCUUGGAAGUCCUUCUGCAGUCGCUGGUGGACCUGGACAUCAGGGACGAGAAAGGGCGCACUGCCCUGGAUCUGGCCGCUUUUAAGGGACACACAGAAUGCGUGGAAGCACUUGUCAAUCAGGGUGCCUCCAUCUUUGUGAAAGACAAUGUAACCAAAAGAACCCCACUUCAUGCCUCAGUAAUUAAUGGUCAUACUCUGUGUUUGCGACUGUUACUAGAAAUCGCAGACAACCCAGAAGCAGUUGAUGUGAAAGAUGCCAAAGGACAAACCCCGCUGAUGCUUGCAGUGGCAUAUGGACACAUUGAUGCUGUUUCCUUAUUACUUGAAAAGGAAGCAAACGUGGAUGCUGUCGACAUCAUGGGCUGCACAGCUUUACACAGAGGGAUUAUGACAGGACACGAAGAAUGUGUGCAAAUGCUGCUGGAAGAUGAAGUGUCGAUUCUCUGUAGAGAUGCCAGAGGGAGGACACCCUUGCACUAUGCAGCUGCACGGGGCCAUGCCACAUGGCUGAGUGAGCUGCUGCAGAUGGCUCUUUCUGAGGAGGACUGCUGUUUCAAAGAUAACCAGGGCUACACGCCGCUGCACUGGGCUUGCUACAAUGGUAAUGAGAACUGCAUAGAGGUUCUUUUGGAGCAAAAAUGUUUUCGUAAAUUUGUUGGUAAUCCCUUCACUCCACUGCACUGUGCCAUAAUAAAUGAUCAUGAGAACUGUGCCUCCCUGCUCCUUGGGGCCAUAGAUUCUAGCAUCGUCAGUUGUCGAGAUGACAAAGGCAGGACACCCCUUCAUGCAGCAGCCUUUGCUGACCACGUGGAGUGCUUGCAGCUUCUUUUGAGACACAACGCUCAAGUGAACGCAGUGGACCAUUCCGGGAAGACAGCCCUGAUGAUGGCUGCUGAGAACGGGCAGGCAGGCGCUGUGGACAUUUUGGUGAACAGUGCCCAGGCUGACCUGACCAUAAAGGAUAAAGACUUGAAUACACCCUUACAUUUGGCUAGCAGUAAAGGUCAUGAAAAAUGUGCCUUGUUAAUACUUGACAAGAUACAAGAUGAGAACCUUAUUAAUGCAAAAAAUAAUGCACUGCAGACACCGCUGCACAUUGCUGCCCGCAAUGGCUUAAAGGUGGUAGUUGAGGAGCUGUUGGCCAAAGGGGCCUGUGUGCUGGCUGUGGAUGACAAUGGUCAUACCCCGGCCCUGGCUUGUGCUCCUAACAAAGACGUGGCUGACUGCCUCGCCCUCAUUUUGGCUACCAUGAUGCCUUUUUCUCCUUCCAGCACAAUGACGGCUGUCAACUUCGUGUGUUUAAAAAAAGACAAUUUGAGCAGGACGACCCUCUCCAAUCUGGGUAGCAUGGUGAGCCUGUGCGAUAACAACGUAGGCUCCGAGGAUGGGUACAAUGAAAAUGACUCUGAUUCAGAAACAUUUUGACUUUGCACUGUAGGAGCUUUUCCUCUUUGCCUUGAUCCCCUGGGUUGGAGGAAGGGCCGCGAGCUUGACUUCCUGGUUUGUAUCCAAGUGUUAUUUGGGACCUGAGCUCCCAGAAGUCAGUAGGGAAAGAAUUAAUAAAACACAGGAAGGGCAGCAAGGCUAUAGGUUGGAAUACACAAACAUGGGCCCAAAUUUGCUUUGUUUCAUGUUUUGCUAGAUACUUCCAUGAAAGUCUACCUCUCAUUUUAAGUAAAAAAUUUUUAGAAGUGUGUUUAAUCCUUUUUCUUUGGGGAUAAUGCAUCAGAGAGGCAGCUGUUUACUAUGAAGAUUUUUGUUUUUUUUAGUUACUCAGCAGAAAGUUCUCAGAAGUGUAGCAGUGUGACAUUCAUGUCCCCUGGGAGGGGAGGGAAGAACUGGGUAGGAAAUGCCUCAAGCUUCUUCUCACUGUGAUGUUGACUUCCUCACUAGAAGCCAAAGGUAAAGGCUUUCAUCUUCAGAAAAAUGCUUGAACGAAUCUAAGAGGGUCCAGCUGCUUAUGUCCUCUCUAAUAAGCACUUAAAUAUCCAGAAUUUCUUCCUGAGUUCCUUCUGAGAACUUUAACAUCUUUGUUAAAGUUGCUGGAUGAAUAGGAAAAUUGAGGGUUUUUUUUUUCCUAAACAUAAAUGUAGCAUCCUAGUGUUCCCCAAAAUAAACCUAUGACUAAUUUCCACCUGAAUGAUUGAACCCAAAUGUAAUAGCAUUUCCAGUGAAAACUACAUUGCACCAAAACUUGAGGACAGUAUGCACAUUUAAUAGGAAACUGGUUCAUUGAUUUUUAAAUAGUUUUUGAAAUACAUCCAAAUCAUCGGCAUUACUCAUCAAUAGGAAAAUAUUAAAUGAGCUCCUCAGUCAAGGUCAUGGCCAAGGGAGUGAAAGUAUGCCUGCAAAAGGGAACAAAGAAAGUGAACGCAAGAAGUGGAGAUGGGUGAUAUGGAAAUGACAGCCGAUUGCCAGUUGCUUAAUGAUGAUCCACCUAGUGAAUACUGUGCUCCCUCUGCCAAAGCUUCUAGGUCCAACGGACCCCGUUCCACCCCCGGAACAGCCGUCCAAAAAGAAGAAUGAGAGCCUAGAUGCUGCGCACAUGCAUACGCACACAUAAACAUCUAUGUAGAUAUGUAUGUAGUUCAUCAGCCAGCUCUCCACGAGGACCAAAAUGCUUCCGUCUAAAAUGGAAGAUGCAAGCUUUUUUCCCUUCAAAAUGCAAAAACUGCAGUAGCUUUUCUACAGAGUUACAAUGCACUCUUUUCUGCAUACCACCCUUUGUUGUAUUUUGUAUUUCUUAUACAGAUUUCAGGUUGACACCUUAACAUUUGUAAUUGAUGAUGUGUGGACCACAGUUUAUUAGCAUUAUUGUUAUUGUUAUUUUUGCCAAACUAGGAGAAAUGUCCGUACACUUUUGAUGUAAAUGUGUUGGUAUUUAUGAUACAAGACAAAUGCUGAGGAAACAUCCUUUGUCCAUUCACUGUUUUAAUUGCUGUGUAUCUUACUUGGAAUAAAAAGUGGAAAAAACGUACUUGACCCAGGACUACCCAACAGCCCCAGGGCACACCCAGCAUGCCUACUGCUCCAGGCUCCAGAUCCUCAAGUUCUUCUGUGGCUGAGUCGUCUGUGGCUGACUUAGAGCUUAGAAGAUGUUACAGCCCAUGUGCUCCUCUGAGUCAGGAAAAUGCAAGUGUGCAGUGAAGCACAACAGUGGCUCGAAGAAAGUUCAGAAAACAAUCCACACCUCACUGAGAAAUCAGGCUCUCACCAACCUAACAGGAAACAGUGUGUGUGGGCACUCUGCCUAAAGGGCCAGUAAAAAUCACCAGCUCUAGGGUUUAUUUCCACCUGAGGAAGAGGACAGGAAAGACGUGUCGCAUCCGUGCAGUUCUCAACAACGAUGUAUAAUGGCUUCCAUUUUGACUGUGGAAAUUUCUGUUUUAUAGUGUAUGUGAGGUGUUUGUAAAAAACAGUAUUAUGUCGUAUCUGGAUCAGAUACAGAUACUGUGCUAUAUUUUCCAUUCAGCUGUAAAAUACUUUAAUCUUAAUUCUUCUGAUAUCCUGGAUUUCAUUAAAGCUCAUAUUGCGUUCUUUAGAAUUGAGUGCUUGUUCAAAGGACUUACAGAGCUGAUAUUAAUUUCACCACAGAAUUUCUACA